AUGACAGUGCCCGCCACAUCUCAGAUCACCUAUUCCAAAGCUAUUUCGAGUACAUCUAUUAAGUUCGAGUGGUCCAGUGUGACAGGGGCGGAAGGUUACAUCUUGUUUGUGGAGCAGUUGUUUGGUUCUCCCUUAAGGAAAUACAACCAGACCUUCACAACGCUGAGCGGACAAAUGGACGGCUUGGCUCCCUCUACAACUUACAACUGUUACAUUUACUCCGCCAACAAUGCCGGACAUGGUGCCAAAAGCAGCAUCAGGACAAUCAUGACAUUGGUGGAGCCGCCAACUGGCGUCAACUUUGUAUCAACGGGAAAGAGCUCAGGCCAACUGACAUGGAGCCCUAAGAGUAAAGUCCUGCUUUAUCAAGUGACCGUGAGCGACAAUGACAACACCAGCAACGCCCCAAUCAUCAGAAACACUUCAGCCACAACCAUGGACAUCACCAAUCUGGAGCCCUGCUCCACCUACAUUGUGGGAGUGUCGUCAGUCAACGUCUUCUUGGUGCCAGGGGAGGCCUCUAAUGUUACACACACCACUUCUACCAUCAACCCGGUGACGACAAUCUCUGUGGACUACAGCUGCUCCGGUGGCAUGGUGACAGUGACUUGGGAUUUGGUUUUUGGGGCAAACUUGUACAUGGCCAAAGCCGUUGAUAGCACCGGCGUGUCCCUCAACUGUUCAUCGGCCUCCACUAGCUGUCAGAUCACCAUGCUCAAAUGUGGUGAGAAGUACCAGGUUCACGUGGAGGCGAUCUCUGACGACUGCAGGAGCACCUCCAACACCUCUGCCUCGUUCGAGACAGUCCCCUGUGCUCCAGUUGAUCUGGUUACUCAGCACACAUGCUCCAGCAAUGUGAUCGUCUUCAGCUGGGCGCCCACCAACAAAACCUUCUACUAUGUGGCCACUGCGGUGGACAACACUGGCAAAGUGAUAGAGUGCAGGACGGUGGACAACACGUGCUACUUCACCAACAUCGACUGUGGUCAGUUCUACAGGUACACCGUGUUCGCCGCCAGCUCCGGAUGCAACAGCGAAGUCAGCCAGCCUGAGUUUGUCCGAACCUCUCCUUGUCUACCAACAAAUGUGAGGACAGCAGAUGAAUGUCACGCCGACAGGCUGAUCACAACAUGGGACUCUGCUGCUGGAGCUCUUUCCUACACUGUGAAGGCAGAGGGAAACACCGGACAAUCCUACAACUGCACCUCGUCCUCCAACAGCUGUGCGGUGGCCGGCGUGCCGUGCGGUGAACACCUCAGUGUGUGGAUCACCGCCUCCAACGACAACUGCUCCACUAACAAGGUUCUGGGAGAAGUGGCUCAGACUGUUCCCUGCAGCCCAAUCAAUGUCUCAGCAACGGUGGACUGCAGUCAAGACUCUGCGAGAUUUAACUGGACGACAAAAGCGGGUGCCAUAUUCUACAUCGCCGUUGCUCAGGAUGCAAAUGGAAAUGAAUACAGCUGCAAUUCAAUGGGCACCAACUGCUUAAUCCAAGGCUUAAGAUGUGGACAGAAUUACACCGGCAGCGUUAUCGGCACUAAUCUCAAGUGCAACAGCACGGCCAGCGAGGAGGUCGCCUUCAUGACAGCCCCUUGUCCUCCGACCAACAUCGAGGCAUUCAGAGACUGUGAGGCCAACCAUGCUCUGAUAGUGUGGCAGAACCAUCAGCCCACGGGCCUCUACACUGCAACUAUAGUGGAUCAAAGUGGUGCUCAACUCCACUGCACCAGCAACACAGUCAACAACUGUAAAGUCACCUCGCUGCCCUGUGGAAAGAAAUACAACGUCACUGUCACCUAUGAUGACGGGAACUGUCCGUCCACCUCCACGGCCAUCAGCAUGGACUCAGUGCCAUGUGGCCCUGAGGAUGUCAGGGCCAGUGUGGCCUGUGUUACCGGAGAGCUGGCGGUCACCUGGAACAUCUCCGUCCCUGCGGAGAACUACACCACUGUGAUCUCCAGAGGAAUGGGUCAGUCUCUACACUGUAACUCCACAGAGACACAGUGCACCACGGGAGGGCUGUCUUGUGGAAGCUCCUACAGGGUGAUCGUCCUCUCCGUCACCGGGUCGUGCCUCAGUCUGCCGAGUACAGAGGUCACAGUACAAACACUGCCGUGUCCUCCCACCAACGUCACAGCCGUGCACACGUGUGCUCCAGCUCUCGUCCCUGUGUCAUGGGUGGCCAGCGACAGUGCCAAUCACUACACUGCUGUUGCCACGAGCAGCAGAGGUCACCGGUCAGAGUGCUCCACCAGUAACACCUCCUGUGGCCUUCCUGCGCUCCAGUGUGGGGAGCUUUACACCAUUGGCGUUACUGGAGCCGACGACAACUGCACAGGUCAACUGAGCAACACCGUCUCUCUGGCCACAGAGCCGUGUUCGCCGUCUAAUGUGUCCAGCCGGCUGAUGUGUAGAGCUGGCAUGGCUCAAGUGUCCUGGGCCCCCAGUGCGAAUGCAGUGAGCUACGAUGUGAAAGCCACCAGCGAUGCACAGACACUCAGCUGCAACGGCUCCAGCCCCAACUGCACGCUGAGCAAUCUGGUCUGUGGGCAGGUGUACGAGAUUCUCGUGACUGCCACCGACGGCACCUGUGUCAGCAACUACACUGCUCCCUUCAGACAAGACCCAGUGCCUUGCGCUCCGCAGAACAUCAGCACAAACCUGUUAUGUGGCACCAAUGACUUGAUGGUCAGCUGGGUGCCUUCAGCCGAGCCCCUCAACUACAGUGUGACUGCUGUGCCACUGGCCGCCAACAACAGUUCGCUGACCUGCCAUACAAACAGUGGCAACUGUAGCCUGAGCGGUCUUCGGUGUGGAACGACUUAUAAUGUCUCCGUCAAAGCUGCGUCCGGCAGCUGCAGCGGACCGUGUAGCUCCCCACGAACUGUUCAAACAGCACCCUGCUCCCCACAGAGCGUAACAGCGGUGGCUCCCUGUGGCACAAACUCUCUCAUGGCCUCCUGGAACACGUCACUUGGUGCGACCGCCUACACGGCAACAGUGACGGGCCCCAACGGCUUCUCUGACACCUGCUCCUCAUCGAACCUCACAUGCUCCGUCUCUGGCCUGCAGUGUGCCACUCGGUACAACGUCACGGUCACAUCCCGAGACGGCCACUGCACCAGCGCUCCCGGUCGAACGGCUUUAACCACAGGACCGUGUGACCCCGUCAACGUGACCAGCGACCUCCACUGUGGCUCAGACAUGGCCACUGUGUCCUGGGUUGCCGCCGCUGGGGCCGUGGCCUACACUGUUGUCGCCGAAGACGGCAGCUCUCAGAACUACAUAUCCUGUAGGAGCAGCUCCGCCUCCUGUCAGCUGAACCGGCUUCAGUGCGGAAAGGUUUACAACCUCACCGUGGUGGCUGAGGACGGCGCCUGUAACAGCACCGGAAGGACCGGAGCAGUCCUGAUGACAGAACAGCACCCAGAUCUGUGUGAAACCUACACGGCCACGAUCACUGCACGAGGAAGCCAGUGUGACAGCGCACCUGGACCCAGCACCAACAUCACUACAGCGCCAUGUUCUCCAUCUGUCAUAUCUAAGCAGUACAUCUGUGGCACCAACACAGCCGUGUUCAGCUGGACCGAGUCUGUGGGACGCCUCAGCUUCCUGGCCCAGGUGGCGGGAGCAGGGUAUCAGGAUAGCUGCCAGACUACAAACACCAGUUGUGCGUUCCAGAAUCUCCCCUGUGACCUGGAUUUCAACAUAACAGUCCAGGCUCAGGGGGAACAUUGCACCAGUGUCCCAAGUGUCAGUGAAUCCCUCGAAACAGUCCCAUGUACCCCGCAGAACGUGAGCGCCACCCUUGGCUGUUUCAAUCACUCAGCCCUGGUGACAUGGGUAGGAAGCCCCAGUGCUGUAGGAUACAAUGUGACGGUGACAGGCCAGGGUGGACACACACACCAUUGCCACACCAACACUUCCAACUGCCAAGUGCCUGAUAUCCACUGUGGUGAAACCCAUGGCAUCACAGUCACAGCGUUCUCUCAGACAUGCACAGGAAACCUUAGUGCGGUUUACAGCUUUAGAGCAGGUCUUUGUGCUCCCAGUAACGUCACUGCGUCUGCAGCUUGUGAGGACAGCGCUGUCUCUUGGUCUCCAGUGACAGGGGCGGAGAUGUACAUCGCAACAGCAACUGCAGAUGAUGGACACACUCACACUUGCAGCUCAAACUAUUCCAACUCAUGCAAUUUCACCGACCUCCACUGUAGCCAAACCUAUUCCGUCGAUGUAGUGACUGUGGACAGGGGCUGCCGGAGCGAGCCGAGCUCGGCCGUGGUGCUGAGAACAGCUCUGUGUCCGUCUACUAACUUGACGGGCCAGGUCAACUGUGACACCAACUCGCUGACCCUCUCGUGGGACCAGAGUCCAGUGUCCGGGGCCGAAUACACUCUACAAACGGAGAGGAUGGGAGGCACACACCCUCCUACAGUGAACACCACCUCUAACACCUCGUACACUUUGACCAACCUGCUGUGUGGACAGAGAUAUGCUUUCCGCAUCGCAGCACAGGAUGGCAACUGCCGCAGCAGCUACAGUCCACCUAUUGACAUAAGCACAGCCCCUUGUGAGCCCUCCAACUUCACUGCUCGUGUGGACUGUGGCACAAACAAAGGGAAUUUCUCCUGGAUCGAGAGCAUCGGAGCAGGUUUCUACACUGUCCGGGUGACGGGACAGCAUGGCCACGUGGCUUCCUGCUCCUCCAACGACAGUUCCUGCUCUGUAAAGCUUCACUGUGGCCUCUCAUACUCUGCAUCACUGUUGGCUUCCACAGAAGGCUGCAACAGCACAAAACAUGCCGACAUCCAGUUUGACUCCGCUCCCUGUCUCCCAGCAGACGUCGUAGCAGAUGUAGAGUGCAACACUAAUGUGAUGAAUGUGAGUUGGACACAGACAACAGGCUCAGACGACUACACCGCCUGGGCCAUCAGCACCGACGGACACAGAGCCUCGUGUAACUCGACCUCCAACUCCUGCUCCAUCCGUGACCUGCAGUGUGGCAGAGUCUAUGAGGUGGCCGUCACCUCUUCCUCCAUCCACUGCAGUAUCAUCGCUGGCUCAGACUACAAGGUUCAGUCCGCUCCCUGUAAACCCGAGAACACCACUGUUGUUCAGAACUGUAGCAGCAGCGUCAUGACAGUAAAGUGGAACCAGAUGAGCACGGGGCAGAACUACACUACUACAGCCUCGUCCUCCUCAGGUGUUAACGCUACCUGUGACUCCACUGAGGGCAGCUGCUCCUUCCUGGACCUGAGCUGUGGUCAACUCUACACGUUCACCGUGAUGGGACACACGAAUGUGUGCAUGAGCGAAAUGAGCACCCCGAUAGAGAAGAUGGCCGCCCCAUGUCCUCCCACCAAUGUGUCCGCUGAAAUGAACUGUACUGCACGCAGAGCUCUGGUCAGCUGGAGUAGUGCAGCCACAGCUACAGCUACAGCCUACAGCAUCCAGGCAAACUCCACCAGUGGACACAGCUCCUCCUGCAGUGAUAUGGGGACAUCGUGUAACCUCGACGGCCUGGUCUGCGGACAGCAGUACUCUGUCGUUGUGGAGGCAAUGCACACUGGCUGUCCCGGACCUGCCAGUAACCUGGCCAUGUUCACUACAGAGCCCUGUGUUCCCACAAAUCUCUCUGUCCACUACAAUGUGAGCACCGGCCAGGUGAUGUGGGCUGCGGCAAGUGGUGCCAGCUUCUACUCUGUAAAGGCUGUGACUGACCAGGCCUCGACGGUCACCUGUAACACCACCGACACCAGCUGCCUCCUGAAUGGCCUGCGGUGCAGUCAGAUCUACAACGUCACUGUAACUGCACACAACCUGGCCUGUGACAGUUUGACCUCUGCAACCCAUCCCCUCACGACAGAACCCUGUCCACCUUCAAAUGUCCAGGCCAAUAUAACGUGUGGACAACUCACUGCGACAGUUUCCUGGGAGAGGAGCGACCUCGCUGUGGGUUAUGUUGCUUACUUUGACGACCAAAAUGGCAGCUACACUUCCUGUGGUGCCACACACACCCAUUGUCAUGUCUCAGGACUCACAUGUGGCACGGGGUACAAUGUCUGGGUCAUGGCCCUGGGACAACAGCACAACAGCUCUGCCAGCACGGUGGUGUCUGCCACAUCAGGGCCUUGCCAGCCGAGCAGCAUUGAAGCCAUCAUGGACUGUGGGGCCCACUCUGCGACCGUGUCCUGGCAGCCCAGCGUCGGAGCUGUGUCCUAUGUUGCUGAGCUUACAGCUGCAUCAGGCCACAUCACCAGCUGCACCACCAACCACACCAACUGUCAGCUGAGCCCUCUGCAGUGCGGAGAGGAAUACAUCGUCACUGUGAAGGCUCUGGGAGAAACCUGCAACAGCACUGCGCAAAUGGCAGGACACCUCACCACAGAGCCCUGUGUUACCACAAAUCUCUCUGUCCACUACAAUGUCAGCACCGCCAAGGUGAUGUGGGCAGCAGCAAGUGGUGCCAGCUUCUACUCCGUGAAGGCUGUGAUUGACCAGGGCUUGACCGUCACCUGUAACACCACCAGCACCAGCUGCUUCCUGAAUGGCCUGCAGUGCAGUCAGAUCUACAACGUCACUGUGGCGACCCAAAACCUGGCCUGCAACAAAACCAUGACCUCGGAACCCCACUGCCUCAUGACAGAACCAUGUCCACCCGGCAAUGUUCAGGCCAACAUGGAAUGUGAACAGCUUACUUCGACCGUUUCCUGGGAGCAGAGUGACCUCGCUGUGGGUUAUGUCGCCUACUUUGACAACCAUGACGGCCACUCCACUUACUGUGUUGCCACACACACCCAUUGUAAUGUCUCGGGACUCACGUGUGGCACAGUGUAUGACGUCUGGGCCAUGGCUCUGGGACAAAAGUACAACAGCUCUGACAGCACUGCGGUGUCUCUUACAUCAGCCCCGUGCCUGCCUCCCGACGUAGAGGUAGAAGUCAACUGUAACUCUGAUGGUGCUGCCGUUGUGACGUGGAACACAACUGGCACAGCAAACUUUUCCCUGACAGCCAUCGUCAGUGGAAGUCUUCAGACUCUGUGUACGUCUCGGCACAACAGAUGUAACGUUACAAAUUUAGCUUGUGGGGAAACCUACAACCUCAGCCUCACCGCCAUUAACGAUCAGUGCAGCCUCACAACGCUGAUGCCCGCUAACCUGACCACACGCCCUUGUCCGCCUCAGCGCGUGGGUGUUAACCUGCAGUGUGGCUCCAGCACUGCAGUCCUGUCCUGGGAGGAGGAUUCUGAUGUCGAACUGUACACGGCAGCUGCCAUCGGGGCAUCAGGAGGAGAGGUGAAGCGGUGUAACUCUACAGGCUCCACCUGUCACUUCUCCAGUCUGGUCUGUGGAGAGACGUACAACUUUACCGUCGAAGCUCACAGUCAAGGCUGCAGCAGCCAGGCCAGUAGCACUGUGUCCAUCCAAACAGAGCCUUGCCAGCCGGCGAAUGUGUCUGCUUGGGCGCUCUGUCAGAGUGAGGACGUCCAGAUCUCCUGGCACCAUGCAAGCGGUGUCAUGAAUUACUUAGUAACAGCCACAGGGAGCCUGGGAUAUGUGGAGAACUUCAACACAACCCAGACCCGUCUGUCCGCCACACUGCCAUGUGGCCAGGAAUAUAAUGCCACUGUGCGAGGACAGGGCAGCAAGUGUGACAGCAUCCCCAGCGGCCCUGCCUUCUUUAAAACUCCCCCAUGUAUCCCCCGAGAUGUGACGACUUAUGUGCAGUGUGAGUCUAAUGUGGGUUCUGUCAGCUGGGCACCCAGCGAUGGAGCGGAAACAUACGUCGUCGUUGCAACUGGCACUGAUGGACACGAUCACCCCUGUGUCACCAACACCACCUCCUGCACCUGGGACGACCUGCACUGUGGGGAGGACUACACUGUUGUAGUGACGGCAAAGAAUGACAACUGCACCAGCCCGCCCAGCAACAGCUCAGUCAUCCAUAUGUAUCCGUGUGUGCCCCGGAAUCUGGUGGCUUCUGCAGACUGCAAUGCCAAAGUCGUUUCUCUGAGCUGGGAUGCGAGCAAUGGAACAAAGUUCUACCUGGUAUCCGCUGAGGCAGAAAACCAGACAGCUGGACUCACCACCAACGUCACCAUGGCCCACUUCUCCAACUUCACGUGUGGACAGAACUACAGCCUCACGGUCACACCUCACAGCCACCGCUGUCCCGGCGGCUCCAGUGCUCCGGCUUCCAUACAGACAUGGCCAUGUCCACCCUCAGGAAUCUCCACCAUGCAGGACUGUCUCUCUGGCAACGUCAUGGUAACAUGGCAGGCCAGUGAUGGGUCAGACUACUACACAGUCACCAUGCAGACUGACAGUGGCAUCUCAGGAAUAUCCAUGUCCGACUCCAAUCAACUCAGCGUCCAAAGCUUGACCUGUGGGCACAACUUCUCUGUGUCAGUCACAGCUUCCAACCAGCAAUGUAACACCACCUCCAGUGAAACCACCAGCCUGCAGUCAGUGCCAUGUGUUCCCACCAAUGUCUCCGUGGUGAUGCACUGUGCCAACAACACUGCUCUUGUGUCCUGGUCUGCCAGUCGCGGGGCCGUACAGUACUCAGUGACAGCCCGCAGUAGUCAUAGCAACACCAGCUGCCAGACAUCUGACCUCAGCUGUAGGCUCAAGAACCUCACAUGUGGCAGCAGCUACACUGUUCAGGUAGCAGCUAUGGACGACAACUGCUCAAGUAUCCCCAGUCAGGUUGUGGCGUUUAACUCAGGCCCCUGCCCACCCCAGAAUGUGAGUGCUCAGUUCAACUGUUCCUCAAACGACAUGACGAUUUCCUGGGAUGCAAUCAGAGAAGCGGACCACUUUCUGGUUUCAGUAGUCGGAGGAGGAGUCAGUGAGUCGUGUAACACCACAAGCACAGCAUGCUCCCUCAGCAAUGUGACCUGUGGCAAAACACUCAACGUCCAUGUCACCUCUGUCAGAGGCGACUGCCGCAGCCGGCACAGUCAGAGCCACAGCAUCCUGUCAGCUCCCUGCCAGCCUCAGGGAAUCAGGGGGAACCUGGACUGUGUGACCAAUUCUGCUUGGAUUUCAUGGGAUGCUGCUUUGGGGACGGACAGCUUCACUGUGUCAGCUACGGGUGGAGAGGACCACACAGCCAACUGCACCACUUCCAGUAACACUACCUGUGAGGUGGAAGACCUGGCCUGUGGUGUACUUUAUAAUUUCAGUGUUACUGCAAAAAACAGCCAGUGUGAGAGUCAGCCAAGUGCCACCAUUGACUUAGAGACAGCCCCCUGCUCCCUUUCUGGUAUCACGGCCAUCCCUCAGUGCCACAAUUCCUCCAUCCUUGUUGUUUGGGAACUGAUGGAGGGCAGCGCGGGAAACACUGUAUACACUGCCACGGCCGAAGCCAGCGACCACACCUACCUAUCGUGCAAUAACACGGGCACGAGCUGCUUCCUGCAUGGAGCACAAUGCGACCUCUAUUACACCAUCAUUGUGGCUGCUUCAUCAGACCAGUGCAGCAGCAUGAGAAGUCCUCCAUACAGAAUCAGCAUGGAGCCCUGUCCACCUAGGAAUGUGAUGGUUAACACCUCCUGUGGGGACCACAGUGCACUGGUGUCCUGGACUCCCUCUCCUGUUGCUGAAACCUACAACGUUGUCGCUUUGGGUGUAGAUGGACACGUGCACACUUGCAACACCACGUCCAGUAACUGCAGUGUAUCAGGCCUCCACUGUGACCAGCAGUACACAGUACUUGUAGCUGCCAGCCACGAGAACUGCUCCAGCAAAGCCAGUCAAAAUGCAACAUUGCAUACAGGUCCUUGCCAGCCAGGUGGAGUCUCCGUUAUCCUCAACUGUAAGAAUCAGUCUGCAUCGUUGUCAUGGACACCCAGAGAAAACGCGGCUGACUACUACGGCUGUGCCCAGUCUGGGGAUGGAGACAUGCUGUACUGUUACAGCACAAACCACACUUGCACCAUCGAGGGCCUUGAUUGUGGAACAGUUUACAAUUUCUCUGUCCAGGCCUCAGAUGGCACAUGCAACAGCUCCUUCAGUGACCCGGUGCAGAGCGGAGCAGCUCCCUGUCCUCCAGACACUGUCGAGGUGCAGCUGCUGCCAAUGCAGGCGGAGGUGCAGGUGAUGCGCUUCAGCUGGACGCUGGUCUCCUGCAGCGACACUGAGUACAUGUUGACGUUAACGGGGAAUCUGCUGGGAGACAACCAGGCCCAGUUCAUGCUCGGUUCCUAUUGGACAAACAGCACGUACUUUGAGAUGCCCCUCCCUUGCAGUUCAUCCUACCAUGCCACAGUGCAGAGCAGGAACAGUGCUGGUGCCAGCAACGCAUCCGAGGCUCUCAGUGGAACAACAGCUCCUUGUCCGCCAUCAGGAGUGGUGUACAGUGGUAACAGCUCCUUUGCCGCAGUUUCAUGGAACGCUUCAGUGUUCGCCACUGCCUACACCGUGUAUGACAACAGUGUUACGCCAAAGGCUCAGCUCUGCAAGGUGGCGGGGCUGUCCUGCAACUUUUCCAACCUCACCUCCAGUAACGUGGUGAUCACAGGCAGCAACGCAGCUGGAGAGAGUGAAGCGCAAAAUGUCACCAAUGUGGUACUGCACGCACGCAGGAGGAGAGAUCUUCCUGAAAUGCAGAAUGGCGACCUCCCAGCUCCCGUUCUAGAUGUCACACAAGCAACGUCAGCUUUUAUUUUUGUUCAGUGGACUCAAGUUGAGGCCGCUUCCCAUUACAGCCUGGUGAUCAGGAAGCAGGACACAUCCAGUACAUCUGAGGAAUUCACAGUGUACGGGGAGGCCACAAUACUCACCGACCUGAGCCCAAGCUCCACCUACUGUUUCACUGUGUCCGCCAGCAACUCGGCCACGAGUGGACCAGAGUCCGAGCCCGUCUGUGUGCAAACAGGACUAGGGCUUUCUCAGUGAACAGGCAAAGGCACUGAUGCAGACCAACCGAGAGGUCUGUGCACAUCUCCCGAUGAAAUGUGACUGUCUUCACGGCUUCUGACAUUCACAAUAACUUUAGACCUAAUAGAACGUGGGAGUUAGUGUGGGUUGCUUUGAUGAUUACACUUCUGAUGGUUUGCCAUAAGCUGCACAGUUGUAUUCAGUGCAUGUUGGUAAUGUGAUGAAAUUAAAGAACUGGGAGACCUAGCCCUAACUACAAACAUGAGUGACAAGUGUUAGAUUUCUAAAUAAUAGCUUGUGUCCUUAAUAUUAAAAUCCUCUCUUCUAUACUUGUGUAAAAAGGAUAAACCUUAACAAAGGUACAUGUUUUGUCUGCCAUUGGUUGAGGUUAUAUAUUUUUUAUCCAGGGUUUCCUUUCUCCUGUUUUUAAAAAAUAUUUUAUUCACUUUUGUAAAUUGUGUAUUGCUCAUCUUAAAAGGUAAUAUAUCUGGAAGUGUUUAUCAUGUCCGCCGUAAAAAAACUUUUAUUGUGAUUUCUGAAUGUAUAUUUAUCAUGAAAAUAAAACUACA